AGAGACGAAGAUGAUUCGAAACAAACCUACGCUCUCCGUCGAGUCAAUCUCCACAAUGUGGUCUUCGUCGUUAUCAAGCGGCCUAUUCUCCCUCUCACCCUACUAUUUACAUUUGGCACAGGAGACGACAAAUACAACAACCGCCUCGAUACAGCAGCCACGAAUGCCGGCCCUCUAACAAUAGUCUUCACACUAGCUGUUUCGUGCGCUACCCCCCGCACAGUUGCUAACUACGGAUACCUAUAUCUACUACAAGGUUGUGAAGGUCUAUACGGAGGUGAGUGUUGCCCGAAAGGAUGGAAAUACAAUGCAUACUUCAAUCUAGGCUGCUGUCUAACAUCCUACAAGACCUAUAUACUGCCUAUAGGCGCGCAACGGGCGGAGACGAUUGUAUAUUGCUGUCUAGAGCUAAAAUUACCACGCAAAAUCAUUCAACGCAAUCUCCACGAUAACAUACGUGGAUGCAAUACUUUCCACACCGCGCAAGAUCUACGGUUCACGGCAUCACCCAUCCAGAUUCGGUUCAAGCCUACUCAGUCAACUAUCGUGCCCGUGCCGACUAACGCGCUGAGACUUCCGCGUCGGUUCCUGUAUACGCGUGAGAAGAUCGGUAUUGGGAUUGGGGUUCCGGUUGCUGUUGCGCUUUUGACGAUUGGAGGCGGAUAG